AUGAGCGAAAACUUUUCACGCCUUCACCAAAGAGACGGCGUGCACACCGCUGCCGAGCCAAAUCCAUCAGCACCACCGAGGAGUCGACAGCACCUGAGAGCUGCUGCAGCUCAACGUCGAGCGGGACCCCGACGGGAGCCUCGAACCAUCGGAGGAGCACGUCGAGUCUCAGCCGAUGGCUGGCUGGAAUUCCGAGCAUCGCUGGCCUAUGCCCUUGGGGCGGCACUGCACGUUGGUGCGCCUCCUGGCGUUGAUUCGGCAACCCGUCCUCCCAAGGUGACGGGCACCACCAUCCUCCCCAUCCCUACCCGAGACGAGCAAUAUUCCGUCGAGGACGAACUCUGA